CAUCUGAUCUGCUCACUAGCUCUCUCAGAGGAUACAUAUAAACACACCAUGAUACACACAGCAAUGUUACAAACAAACACCACAUACAGCACCUACCAUCUCCCUUCUUGGUUUCUUUCAUGGAGGAGCAAGGCCAGAGGGAGAUCCAGCUCCAGCUGAUGCUGCUCCCCGCGCCGGCAGGCCGAGGAGCCCUCCGCGACGUGCCAACGGCGCCGGCCACCGCCGCCGACAACCCGCAGCUGGACCUCAACCUGUCCAUGAGCAUCGGGCCGAGGCACCCAGCGGCGGCGCGAACGCCGCCGCCGCCGCCGCGGUCGUCAUCAGUGGCGAACGAGAACAGGAGAACGCCGGCGGCGGCGGCGGCCGGCGCGAGGCCGCAGCAGAAGCACCAGCAGCAGCACGCUUUGGCAGCGGCGGACGCGCGCGCGGUGAAGCAGCAGGCGGCGGAGCAGGCCCGGAUGGCGUGCGCGGAGCGCGCCUACGCGGAGCGCGUCCGGGAGCUGGCGCGGCGGGAGCUGGAGCUCGCGGAGCGGGAGUUCGCGCGCGCCCGGGCGAUUUGGGAGCGCGCCCGCGAGGAGGUGGAGCGGGUGGAGCGCAUGAAGCAGAUCGCGGCGAGGCGGCUCGUCGGCUCGGCGUCGUCCGCGGCGGCGCUCGAGAUCACCUGCCACGCCUGCAUGCAGCGCUUCCACCCCUAGUAGUCCUAGGACGCCGUGUAACUGCGUGAGCCGCCGCAGGAAGGCGAUCGCUGUAGUAUGUGGUGAGCAGCCCCGGAUGGCGAUAUCGAUGGAUGCCGCCAUUGCUGUAACUCUCUUUCUUCAUAGCUUUCAGCUCUUGUGAAUUAAUGCCAUGCCGCUAUGUUCAGCUUGCCAUGAUCGUCGUCUGGUUCAUGUUCCAUGGACUCGGCAACGAGGAGAA